AUGCUCAACCGAAAAACUGCGGUCCUGCUACUGGCGUCGCAUUUGGUGUUGACAGCAUGCCAACCGUAUGGAUCCUCCACGGCCUCUUCACUCGAAUCAUUCCAGGAUGAGCAUUCAGCGGCCAGUUCCGAUGGAGGUUUGAAUUACCUUGGUGUGAGAGAUGAUAUUGAUCGGGUCAUCAUUGUCGCCCGUGAUACAUCCACAACCUCCGAAUCAACAACAUCGACCACCGAGACUACGACUUCAGAAACAUCAACGAGCACGACCUCUUCAGAGACGACAACCACAUCGACGACAUCCUCAACCUCAACUACCACUUCAUCCACGUCAUCUACUUCAACCACCUCAACCACCUCAACUACAAGCUCAACCUCGUCCACCUCUACACAGUCUACAACCACCUCAACAUCGACAACAUCCAGCAGCUCAACAACGACGACAAGCUCUUCUACAACCACCUCGACCGCCUCUGCUACAAGCACAGCAAGUGCCGAACUUGCUGAGUGGAAUCGCAAAGGAAACAUCGCAGCCAUCAUCUUCUCGUGUUGUCUCAUCUCACUAUUUUCCGGUGUCAGCAUUCUCCACUGCGCCAAAGACCGAGCCAAAUCCAAGCGAAUUGCCGCACGGGAGCUCAUGAAAGCCCAAUCUGUCCCUGCAGAGCCGCUUAUGAGAUCGAGAGGAGACUCCACAGCUGAACUCAUUUCUGCCCGUUCAUCCAUGAUGUUUAAAGACAAUCCUUUUGGUGACCAGCGUCCACAGACUGCAUACAGUGCAGGUGGAUCAGCCAGUCAUGGUUGGGCAACUACUCCGCCGGUACAGGAACACGUCUCAAUGGAGAGCUCGACGUUGGUCAAUGGGGCUUCGAAUGGGGAUCAUCCGCGUGGGACAUUGGUUUGA